AUGGCCGGGGAAACGUUCUCACUUGCGGGUAGAGGCUUAAAACUCGACACUAAAGAAGACCUCGAAAAGUAUAUCGAACCUCUUGUACAGUCUUCUAAUGUCACCCACAUCGAUCUUUCGGGAAACACGCUUGGUGUCGCCGCAUGCGCCGCCCUCGCUCCCAUUUUGGCAUCGAAGUCGACUCUGCAGAGUGCCGAUCUACACGAUAUCUUCACAUCCAGAUUACUCGAGGAAAUCCCUCCGGCUCUAUCUUCCCUCUUGAACGCCUUGUUAGAAUGCCCCAACCUCCACACGAUCGAUCUUAGCGACAAUGCGUUCGGCCUCAAUACCAAAGAACCUCUGGUCGACUUCCUGUCCAAACAUGUCCCUCUGAAGCAUCUCAUCUUGAACAAUAACGGCAUGGGUCCCAUCGCCGGAACCUCAAUCGCGGAGGCACUGGUAACCCUCGCCGAGCGGAAAGAGGCCGCCAGAAAAGAAGGCCAGGAUGUACCAUACCUUGAGAGCAUAGUCUGUGGGAGGAACCGUCUGGAAAACGGGAGCAUGGCAGCUUGGGCAAAGGCAUAUGAGGCACACAAGGCCGGCCUUAAGAGCGUGAAGAUGACACAAAACGGCAUUCGGCCGGAAGGAAUAUCUCAUUUGAUUUCGUCCGGGCUAUCCAUCUGCAGCAAUCUAGAGGUCCUUGACAUGCAAGACAACACCUUUACGCUCAAGGGGGCCCAGGCUCUUGCCAGAGCGAUCACGGGCUGGUCCGGACUCAAGGAGCUGGGAGUUGGAGAUGAUUUAUUGGGUGGUAGAGGGGCAAUCAGAGUUUUCGAGGCUCUUACUUCGGGAAAGAACAAAGACAUUGAGAUCCUGAGACUGCAGUUCAAUGAUAUCCAUCCCGCUGGCCUCAAAGCUCUCCUACAAGCUGCCCAGGACAGCCUUCCCAAGUUGCGGCGGGUGGAACUGAAUGGCAAUAGAUUCGAGGAGGACGACCCAUCAGUGGAGGCUCUAGCUGAAAUUCUGAGCAACCGAAAGGACGAGGAUGGCAAGCAUGAUGACCCCGUGGAUCACUGGGGGCUAGAUGAUCUGGACGAGCUGGAGGGAGAGGACAGUGAGGUAGAAGAGGAAGGGGAAGAGGCUGAGGAGGAGGAAGAGGAAGAAGAAGCGCGGGAGAAGCUCCUGAAGCAAGACGAUGAAGCUGAAGAAAUCAACGUUCCCCUGAAGUCUGAUGCUGAAGUGGACGAGUUGGCAGAGACACUCGACAAGAGUCUUUGA